AUGGUCAACAUGUCAGAUGUGGAGGAAACAAUCAAACGAAUUCAAUCACAGAAAGGUGUCGUCGGUGUGAUCGUUAUGGAUAGUGCUGGUGAGUCAGGCUUGAUCUUGUUCGAUGUUAGGGAGCAUUCGUGUGAAAUUCCCUUUCUUCGGCUAUGUUUUAUAGUUUAUAUAUUAUAG